AUGGUUGUGGCUCUGGGUCCUGGAAAGUUCUACGGCAGCAGCCUCCCAAGGCCUAGAAUAUACACAGACGUGAAGUUCAACGACGACCGAGUCGACCCACCAGUAUCUGUCCUCGACCCACUGAUUUCUUGGGCCCAUGAAGCUCACUGGUCAAUGGGUGGCCUUAGCUUCAAGCGCCUCCGUCUCCAAGGCCGAAUCGAAGGCAGCAUCAAGAAACUCCGUGCCGAGCGCGAAAAAUUCCUCAAGAAAAGGAAACACAGCGAAACCACUGAUCGGCAGAUCGGCAAAAGUAGUGCUAAAGAUUCGGAGUCGAAUAAGAGUAGUAGCCCAUCUCCGCCUCCUGCUCCGAUUGCGGUGAAACGGAGGCGAUUCAUGGCCUUGCUUGAUGAAGAAGAUGAUAAUGAAGGAAAAGAAAUGAUGAAGAGUGGUGACAAUGGCGGUGGUAGAAUGGCUUCUUAA